GGCUAAGAGCACACUCUCGUAAAACACACUCAAAAAGGGGGAAGAGAUUGAAUUUCAAAGCCAGGAAGUGACUCGAGAGCUGCACAGAGUUCGUUGCGAGCACCUCGUCGAUGGCGGCCUAGAGACGACCUUUUUCACCGUCUAAUCGAACGAAACACUAGUCCUCAAGCAUGGAUGGUGUAGGAGGAGGAGGAAGAAGAGACCAGGGCUCCCCUCCACCGAUGCCGUGCAAGUUCGCGGUGUAUCAGAACCCAACCCUCUCCGCUGCCCUAACCUCCAACAGCCUCCGACCUUCCAAGUCCACUUUCCUCUUCAUUCUCUCUUUCUCUUGUGCUUCCGCCUUCUCUCUCAUCAGCAUCAUCGCCAGGGAAAAUGGGAUACUCAACGGUUUGAAACACAGUUAUGUUUCCCCAAAGAUUGCAUAUAUAUUUUCCAAAGCAACGCAGGUCAUGGUGGGUUUAGUUUUAAUCGGAACCAUUCUUGCACUCAUAAAAGCCAUUUUCCUGUGGAAAGCAAGAAAUGCUGUUGGUCCCUAUAAAGGAUCAAAGGACGAAAAAGGUCUUACAAAACGACAGUUAGGACUUUUGGGAAUAAGACCAAAGGUUGAACACGUAUCAGAGUCUUCACAGAAAUCUCCUAAAUCCAAAAUUAUGCCAUCAUUGUCUUCUGAUGUUCUUGUGCCAUUGCAUCCGCAAGUCUCUAGUUCGAAGCACUCAUCUCGAAUAAGAAGUGACAGAUCAAACACCAGUGGUGGGACUACAAUGCAUUCUUUCAGCACCGCUUCGAAAUCACCAGUUUCCCCAUCUCCAUAUCUUGUCCCUACAACAAAUUUGCAAUCACCUCCUGUUAAAACUUCACCAGGAUUGGAUCAAUUGGUUUCCAGCCCUUGGUCGAAUAAGAGAGCUCCAUUUACUAAAGAGAUAACAACAGAAGAUGAGCUUGAACAGUUUUUGGCUGAUGUCGGCGAGAAAAUUUCUGAAUCAGCAGGUAAACUGGCAACUCCACCUCCCACCAUAAAUGGAUUUGGCAUAGCCAGUCCUAAUACCAUAACCAGUUCAGCUAACACUUCUGGAACUAGAAGAAGUACACCUUUGCGGCCUGUCAGGAUGUCUCCUGGUUCACAGAAGUUCACUACACCCCCAAAGAAAGGGGAGAGUGAUCUUCCUCCACUCAUGUCCAUCGAAGAAUCAAUUGAAGCUUUUGAGCAUUUGGGCAUCUAUCCACAGAUUGAGCAGUGGCGUGACCGCCUCAGGCAGUGGUUUUCUUCAGUUCUCCUAAAUCCUCUACACAAGAAGAUUGAAACCAGCCACAUAAAGGUUUUGCAAGCUGCUGCCAAACUUGGUGUCUCAAUUACAAUCAGUCAAGUAGGAAGUGAUUUACCAAGUACGGGAACUACUACUAUCUCUCAAACUGAGAGAAAUAAUGGGUGGCAGCCAGCAUAUACUCUUGAUGAAGAAGGACUCCUCCAUCAGUUGCGCUCUACUAUUGUUCAAGCUCUUGAUGCUUCCAUGUCAAAAAUGCCUUCUGGCUAUCUCCAACAAUCACCCCCACAAAAUACUUUCAUCCCUAAUUUACAAGAGUGUAGUGAUGCAAUUACUGAACAUCAGAGGCUUCGUGCCGUGAUGAAGGGAGAGUGGGUUAAGGGUUUGCUACCACAAAGUAGUGUACGGGCAGAUUAUACGGCACAAAGGAUUCGGGAACUUGCCGAUGGUACCUGCGUGAAGAACUAUGAGUAUCUGGGAAGUGGGGAGGUUUAUGACAAAGUGAAUAAGAAGUGGACACAUGAACUUCCUACUGAUUCUCAUUUGCUCUUAUAUUUAUUUUGUGCUUUCUUGGAACACCCAAAGUGGAUGCUACAUCUAGAUCCCUCAUCUUAUGGUGGAGCUCAGUCUGGCAAGAACCCUUUAUUUUUGGGCAUUCUGCCUCCAAAAGAAAGGUUUCCUGAAAAGUAUGUAGCUGUUGUGUCUGGUGUCCCCUAUGUGCUUCAUCCUGGAGCUUGUAUACUGGCUGUUGGGAAGCAAAGCCCGCCAAUCUUUGCCUUAUACUGGGAUAAGAAGCCUCAGUUCUCUCUCCAGGGAAGAACUGCACUAUGGGACGCCAUUUUGAUUUUGUGCCACAGAAUUAGGAUUGGGUAUGGAGGGAUUGUUCGGGGCAUGCAUCUUGGUUCAUCAGCCUUAGGGAUCCUCCCAGUCCUUGAUACAGAAACUGAAGACUGAGAAACUUCAAGGCAUAUUGUGAUAUUUAUCGCUAAAGUACGCUAUGCAGUACUUGAAUCAAAGUUACAUCGCAUGAUGUGAAUAUGUUGCAUUUCCCAUGCUGGGCGGGUGAGGCUUGCAUCAACGCAAAACACCUGUUUACAACAAUUGUUCAGCAUGUUGGCAUAAUCAGAUCACUUAUGGAGAUACCUCCUGUCUUCCCAUUCCGCUGAUCACCGACAGAUUCGUGGUUUGAUGACAAUUUCUGACAUGUUAUUCAACAGAGUUCUUGGAUGAUUAGCAUUAACUGGUUGGUUGAUUACUUCUGACGGUAGUUUAAACAUAAAAUUUUGUUGUUGAUGCUAUGGUUUCCAUGAGAAUUCGCAAGUUGUAAUGCCUAGUUGCCGGAACAUGUUUGUUC